CAGAGGCAAGCGUUGCCAUGGCGACCGGCUCUCGGGAGGGGGACACUGCGGCGCGUGCACCCUACGACGGCGGGGGCGUGCCGGCGAGGACGAGCACGCGGGGGUGCGCACCGAGGCGGCCGCCGCAGCCACAGCAGCAUCAGCAGCAGACGCCACAGUCCGCGCGCCGGACCGCAUCGUAACGCUUUUCCCCGCCCAUUUGGAGGGUUGACUUUUAGGCGUUUAUUGAAGACGUUUUGGCGUUUAAAACGAAAAAAGAACGCUCCCAAAGCAGGCGACAACUCCUCCGCCGAUGUCAUUUCCGCGUCCGCUGCUCGGGAGCUUCUGUCGUGGCUCGGCUGGGCCUCCGAAGGAGUCCGAAGCGAAAGCCGACAACGAGACGAUGAAUGAAUGAAUGCAUGAAUGUGCUGCCGUCUUCCGGGAAACGACGGAGUCCCCGCGCGCACGGAUGUCCUCCAACAUCCUCAGUAUUAGCACUGUUUGAUUCUUCCUCGUCGCAUUAGUGUUAUUCUUUUUUGCUGCUCUGCUGUCAUUGUCACCCAGUCCCACCUGCUGGUCCAACCCAAGGAAGGAAGGAAGGAAGGAAGGAAGGACCGCCUUGACUGUCAAAGCCUUUCAUUUUACUUUUGUAUUUUUUUUGUAGUUAGCAGCUGCUUGAAUUGGCUUUUUGAGGAGGGCAGAGGACACAAUCAGAGGGGACAAGGCAGAGAAAGGACAUCACUGACUUGCCACCAGCCCGUGAGCUCUUCAAUUGACCAGGUGCUGACGUAGAUGACGUCACCAGGACGGGACAUGACAGGUCGCAAGGGGAUGGACCAUAAUGGGACCAUGGCUGUGGAAGCCAAUGAAAAAGCCUUGCCUCCGCACUGACCUGGCGCCCCCGCAGAGGACCGCCCACCCUCUCCAGCGCCCUCCUCAUCCAUGUUCUCCUUUCACAUGCAAAGAAGAGAGAAAAAGGUCCGUCAUGGCCGACUGGUGCUUGAUGAGCCUUGCCCUCUUCAGCCUGGCCUUCAGUCAAAAAGUGGACCCGUCCAAGCACCCUGUGGUCACCACCAACUACGGCAAGCUGCGAGGGAUCAAGAAGGACCUCAACAACGAAAUCCUGGGCCCGGUGGAGCAGUACCUGGGCGUGCCCUAUGCCACCGCCCCAAUCGGCGACCGCCGCUUUCAGCCGCCCGAAGCCCCGGGCUCGUGGCAGGAGAUCCGCAACGCCACCCAGUUUGCCCCCGUGUGCCCCCAAAACGUGCAUGGGGUGCUGCCGGAGAUCAUGCUGCCCGUGUGGUUCACAGACAACCUGGACGUGGCAGCGGGCUACAUCCAGAACCAGAGCGAGGACUGCCUCUAUCUCAACGUCUACGUGCCGACCGAGGAUGGUCCGCUCACAAAAAAACAUGAUGAAUCUUCAGCCAACAAGCCUCGAGAUGAAGACAUUCGCGACCGCAGGAAAAAGCCGGUGAUGCUGUUCAUUCACGGAGGCUCCUACAUGGAAGGCACCGGAAACAUGUUUGACGCCAGCGUGCUCGCCGCCUAUGGCAACGUCAUCGUGGUGACCAUGAACUAUCGUCUUGGGGUGCUGGGUUUUCUCAGCACCGGCGACCAGUCGGCCAAAGGCAAUUAUGGCCUCCUGGACCAGAUUCAGGCGCUGCGCUGGCUCAACGAGAACAUCGGCCACUUCGGAGGAGACCCGGAGAGGAUCACCAUCUUUGGGUCGGGAGCUGGGGCGUCUUGCGUCAACCUCCUCAUCCUGUCCCACCACUCAGAGGGGCUCUUCCACAGGGCCAUCGCCCAAAGUGGAACAGCCAUCUCAAGCUGGUCGGUAAACUACCAGCCCUUGAAAUACACCAAGAUCCUGGCCCGCAAGGUGGGCUGCACCUACACCGAGACCGCCGACCUGGUGGACUGUCUGAGGCGCAAAAACUUCAGGGAGCUGGUGGACCAGGACAUCCAACCGGCUCGCUACCACAUCGCUUUUGGCCCCGUUGUGGAUGGAGAUGUGGUACCCGACGAUCCUGAGAUCCUCAUGCAGCAGGGGGAGUUCCUGAACUAUGACAUGCUGAUCGGUGUGAAUCAAGGCGAGGGGCUGAAGUUUGUGGACGACAGCGAGGACAACGACGGCAUCUCAGCAGCGGCGUUUGACUACACCAUCUCCAACUUUGUAGACAACCUCUACGGCUACCCCGAAGGCAAAGACAUCCUGAGGGAGACCAUUAAGUUUAUGUACACGGACUGGGCAGACAGGGACAAUGGCGACAUGCGGCGAAAAACCUUGCUGGCGCUGUUUACGGACCACCAGUGGGUGGCGCCAGCCGUGGCCACGGCAAAGCUCCACGCCGAGUUCCAGUCGCCUGUUUACUUUUACACCUUCUACCACCACUGCCAGACCGAGACGCGGCCCGAGUGGGCUGACGCUGCCCAUGGCGACGAGAUACCGUAUGUUUUUGGUGUGCCCAUGAUCGGCGCCACAGACUUGUUCCCGUGCAACUUCUCCAAGAACGAUGUAAUGCUGAGCGCUGUGGUGAUGACAUACUGGACCAACUUUGCCAAGACUGGGGAUCCCAACUUGCCGGUGCCCCAGGACACCAAAUUCAUCCACACCAAGCCCAACCGCUUUGAAGAAGUCAUCUGGACCAAGUUCAACUCCAAGGACAAGCAGUAUCUUCACAUUGGCUUGAAACCCCGCGUCAGAGACAACUACAGGGCCAACAAGGUGGCCUUCUGGCUGGAGUUGGUGCCCCAUCUUCAUAAUCUGCAUGACGAGCUGUUUCCGACCACUCCCCGCUCCCCACUGGGCCCGGGCAGCGGCCCCGGCACACCUAGAACCAGAACUACAGGCCCUCGCACCACUCACCGCCCCUACCCUACCUUCCCUUAUGACCCAGAGCCUGAUAGUUCCGAGCGUCCUCCUCGUGUUCUUUUUCCCGGUGACACCCGCGACUACUCCACGGAGCUGAGCGUGACGGUCGCCGUGGGAGCGUCCCUCCUCUUCCUCAACAUCCUCGCCUUCGCCGCCCUCUACUACAAACGCGACAAGAGGCACGAGAUGCGGCGCCACCGUCUCUCUCCUCAGCGGGGCGGCCCCGCGAAUGACCUGGCCCACAGUCAGGAGGAGGAGAUCAUGUCUCUGCAGAUGAAGCAUUCCGAGCAUGACGCUCACCACGACAUGGAGCCCCUGCGGCCCCACGACAUCCUGCGCCCAUCGUGCCCCCCCGACUACACGCUGGCGCUACGCCGGGCCCCAGACGACGUGCCUCUGAUGACACCCAACACAAUUACCAUGAUCCCCAGUACCAUAACCAGCAUGCAGCCUCUCCAUGCCUUCAACACUUUCCCUUCCACAGGUCACAACAAUACCCUACCACACCCCCACUCCACCACCAGGGUAUAGUAUGGCCUGACCUGACACAGCAGCACCCAAGGAAGACUGGCCGUGCUAAUCAUCGAGAAGUCCCCUGGAUGUGAGGUUUGACUGUCCAAGAACUACUCCACCUCCUCCGUCUUGUGCUGCCAAGCUGAGCAGCGCCCUCCAAUGGUGGCAUGCGAAGAUGCAACUGAACUGCAAUGCAGCAAGUUUGGGAGAAACUACUUUUUUCAAAGGAGGGUUUUCAAACCAGAGCCCCUUACCAUUUCUUGAAUGGACCUCUCGCCUUUUUAUUCUUUAUUGAUGUCUUGCUUCAUUCCUGAGUGUGUCAUUCUGCGGUCCCACGACAUCCUGCGGCCAUCGUGCCCCCCCCGACUACACGCUGGCGCUACGCCGGGCCCCAGACGACGUGCCUCUGAUGACACCCAACACAAUUACCAUGAUCCCCAGUACCAUAACCAGCAUGCAGCCUCUCCAUGCCUUCAACACGUUCCCUUCCACAGGUCACAACAAUACCCUACCACACCCCCACUCCACCACCAGGGUAUAGUAUGGCCUGGCGAAGUUGGUAGAGUGGCCGUGCCAGCAAUCGGAAGGUUGCUGGUUACUGGGGUUCAAUCCCCACCUUCUACCAUCCUAGUCACGUCCGUUGUGUCCUUGGGCAAGACACUUCACCCUUGCUCCUGAUGGCUGCUGGUUAGCGCCUUGCAUGGCAGCUCCCGCCAUCAGUGUGUGAAUGUGUGUGUGAAUGGGUGAAUGUGGAAAUACUGUCAAAGCGCUUUGAGUACCUUGAAGGUAGAAAAGCGCUAUACAAGUAUAACCCAUUUAUCAUUUAUCAUUUAUUCUUAUUUUUCCUACAUCUGAAUCCCGCUUUUGACAUGUGGCCCUAUGUCCAGUACUCUAUUGGACUAAAAGUGUUUCCUAAAGGUGGUAAUCUUAUAUCUUCUACUUUCAUUCUACCAGCAUUCUUGGUGCCAAGGUCAGAGUUGCAUUCUAGUGAAGAAGAAAAACAGCUACUGUAUAUUUACUGUCCACUAACAAACGUGACAAAAGUGCCAAACUGGCCCUUGAUUGUGAUUUCCUUUUCUUCCACCGCUUGUCUCUGUCUUUUUACCAUGUCCUUAAUUGUUGUUUCAUAUGUGCAAACAACUUUAGUUUUUGCUGAAAUUAUAUAGAGAAAUUAUAUAUAUAGUUAUAUACGUGUACAAACUAGAAAGUAUAUCGUUUUGCGGUGGGGGGGGGAUUUAUGCAUGAAUUAUUUUUCUUAGGAGGAACAUGAGGGUGGAGGACACUGUAGCCGCACGUUUCCCCCCAAAAACCAACAAAAGCGCUUCACCUGGUUCAGAAAAAAAUCUUCAUCUCCUUCAUGUCUGGUGUUGAUAUUAAGACAGACACGCCUGUGUUGUGCUGAUGCAACCAGUAGCAAGCCCAUUCGUAUGACUGGUGCUGCCAUUUCUUACCAUCUGUGUGUGCCUGGUCCACACGUGGUCCCUGCACCGACCCAAAGAGUGUGUGUAAUAUCAUAAUGUGACCGGCAGGAUUUUCCCACUUGUUUUAAUGCUUUACUAAUCGGGUCACUAACGGUUUUGGUGAGAAGGCAGAAAGCACACACAGAGAGUCUGCGUACAAAGGGGCAGGUGGUGAAAGGUCUGCCCUUUUCUCGAGUCCCUGGUGCUGUCGUUGCUUGUGCGCUAGCCUGUUUGUUUCUUCUUUGUUGUAUUCCCCUGCGUCUUUAGAGUGUUGCGAUAUGUGCACAACGUGAAAACCAAGCCGUCUACUUGGAUGAGCUUGAAAAAUUUGACGGGCUGCAAAGGAAAAUAGACUUUCCAGAAAGCCUCAUACUAAUGGACGCACCGCUCUGACGUGGAAAAGGCACGGCCAUCUUUGUAUCUUAUGGGUUUGUCAAAAUGAUACCUUUUGCAGCGCCGUUCUUUGGAUGGCAUGCUUUCGUAGCUCUGUGAGGUCAGAGGGAGCGAGGGGCCAUGAGGUGACACUGCAGGACAGAGCAAACAACUGCAGCCUUUUGGGGCUCGGGCUGUUUUUAUUCCUCGUCUAUUUUAUAAACUGCCACUGGAGGGCGCCAUCGCGACAGAUGUCUGCAAAGGGGAGACAACACAAGACACACAAAACCUGCAAGAGAAUCAAAACUGUACAUUUUUAAGAGUAUCAAACAGAUAUAAAUAUUUGUAAAUAUUCAGUUUCUUGUUAGUUUUUUUCUUUUUUGUUGAGUGAAUGAAUGAAAUGCAAUUAUAAAAGACAACAGGUGCAGUUUGCAAAGAAAGGGCCACCAUAUUAACAUUAUAUUGUUCUCAUACCACUUUGGGCCAUGUGGACUUUUUGUAGCAUCCCACACUGGAAAGUCACUCUAGCAAAAAUGCUCUAUGCUGGUUUAUUUAGAAAAAAAUACCACUUUGUAUCAGUGCUUUGGUUGUUGCGCUCUUUUAUUUCCUCCUAAGCUUUUACUUUGGAAGUUCACCUUCAGAUUAAAGCAUAUAUGCAUCAUUUUGGGAAUAUGUCAAGUAAAAGCCAGUUUUGCCUUUCUGCCAGUUAACCCACAUAACGGGAGGGGGGUGGGUGUUAAGGGAACCUGGUUCAUGUUGAGAACUUUCAAAGCGAGACAAGGCCCUUGAUUAGAAGUUAGCUCACUUCCCAUGUAGCCAUGUUUACAUGAAGCCACUUUAUUGUGGGGUCCGUACAUGAGGGCUUUAAUACCAUAAGAUGCCUCACAAACGCAUUAUUAAAGAGAUCUUACAGUUAUGUUACUGUCCGCACACUGUGUUAUGUUAAUGAUGACGGGACUACUUUCAUAAUCAUGAACAAAAUCUAAGUAAUCUAUUGGAACUUGGUCAAUGGUACCCGCUACCACUCAACAGCACACACAUUUUUGUGUAUUCACUCAACUUCCUGCUCGUAUUCCGAUGCAAAGUUGCACCUGUUGUCUAUGUAAAAAAAAAAUGAAUAAGAAACCCAAGAUUUCUGUUGACAAGAACAUUGUUGCAUAAUGGAAUUUUGUGAGAAAUGCUGAUUUUAAAAAGUGUCGGGGGGAGUAUAAUUAAUUGAGGUGAUGUUUCUGUUUACUUUAGAGGUUAUCUACUGUAUGCUGUGAUUCUGAUCUGGGAAACAUUAAAUACGUU